AUGAGUUUCACGCUGGACCACCACUUCUACGGCUCGACCGCGUACCGCAAGGCUCGGCCGGCCUCCGUGUCCUCCAGCGGCUUCCACUCCCAGCGCCGCCGCACCACCUACAGCCAGCCCUCCUCCGUGGACAGCCUGGAGAGCUACAACGGAGACAUGACGCGGAGGAACGAGAAGGAGAUUCUCCAGACUCUUAACGACCGGUUCGCCGGCUACAUCGACAAGGUGCGAAACCUGGAGCUGCACAAUCGCAACCUGGAGGCAGAGGCGGCAGCGCUGCGGCAGAGCCAAGCCGGACGCGCCUCGGUCGGGGAGCAUUACGAGCGCGAGCUGGGCGACCUGAGGGGUCUCCUGCAGCAGCUGACCGGGGAGAAGGCGCGAGCCACCUUGGAGCACGAGCACCUGGAGGAGGACAUCCAGCACCUGCGAGCGAGGCUGGAGGAUGAGGCGCGGAACCGGGAGGAGCUGGAGGCCGCCGCGCGCGCCAUGAACAAGUACGUAGAGGAGUGCGGGCUCGCACGGCUGGAGCUGGACAAGAAGUUACGCGCUCUCGAAGAGGAGGCCGGCUUUCUGAAGAAGAACCACGAGGAAGAGGUGGCGGAGCUCCUCGCCCAGAUUGAGGGCGCGCAGGUGAGCUUCGAGGUGCGGGACUCGCUCAAGGCGGACGUCACCAGCGCACUGCGAGAGAUCCGCGCGCAGCUGGAAAGUCACUCAUCCAAGACUGCAACGCAUGCCGAGGAGUGGUUCAAAGCACGUAUGGAGCGUCUGUCGGAGGCUGCAAGGACUAACCAGGAUGCAAUCCGUGGGACCCAGCAGGAGAUAGCUGAAUACCGCCGUCAACUCCAGAACCGCACCAUUGAGCUGGAGACUCUUCGAGGAACCAAAGAGUCACUGGAGAGGCAACGCAUGGAGAGUGAAGACAGGCACAAUGGAGACCUCAACUCACUACAGGAGACCAUCCAUCAGUUGGACAGUGAGUUGAAAACUACCAAAUGGGAGAUGGCCAACCAGCUGAGAGACUACCAGGAGCUGCUGAAUGUGAAGAUGGCUCUAGAUAUAGAGAUUGCUGCUUACAGGAAGUUGCUGGAGGGUGAGGAGAAUCGCUUUGUGUCAGGAGUAGGCCCCUAUUCUUACCUCGAAGGAAGAGCCUCUGCCCACUUGAAGCUGAAGGGAGAGGAGAUCUCAGAUACAGUUAUCCUGGAAGAGCAGACAGAUGAGACCCAGGUGACAGAGGUGACAGAGGAGGCAGAUGAGGAGGAAGAGGGAGAGAAAGAAGCAGAAGAAGAAGCAGGAGAGGAAGCAGAGGAGGGUGAGGAAAGCAAAGAAGAAGAGGGCAAGGAAGAAGGGGAUGAUAAGGAGGAAGAAGGUGAGGGUGAGGAAGAGAAGGCUGAGGAGAAGGCAGAGGAUGAGAAGGAGGAGGAUGAAAAGGCUGAGGAAGAAGAAGCUUCAAAGUCUCCUUCUAAAACCCCUCAACCUAAAUCUCCUGCUGUUAAAUCACCAGAAUCAAAAUCUCCACAAAAAUCACCUGAAUCUAAAUCACCACCAGCUAAAUCCCCAAUGCCCAAAUCACCCGCCAAGUCCCCUGCUGUCAAAUCCCCUGCAGAAGAUAAGUCAAAGUCACCUGCUUCCAAGUCUCCAGAAUCAAAAUCCCCAGCAGCCAAAUCACCAACAGCAAAGUCACCUGCACCGAAGUCACCUGUUUCAAAAUCCCCACCCAAAUCCCCUGAAUCUAAAUCUCCCCCUCCCAAGUCACCACGCCCCAAAACCCCUGAGCCAAAGUCCCCAGUACCGGAAAAGGCCAAGCCCCCCGCUGCCAAAGACACCCCUAAAGAGGAGAAGAAAGAGGAGCAGCCUCAGCCUGCCAAGGAGGAAAAGAAGGAGAAGGAGCAACCUGCACCUGUGAAGGAGGAGAAGAAGCAGGAGCCCAAGGAGAAGGAGCCUGAGAGCAAAAGCAAAGCAGAGAAGGCAGAUAAACCUGACGUAAAGAAAGAGAGUAAAGCUGAUGAAGCCUCAAAGAAGGAUGACACUUCCAAACCUGCUGCACCUCCUGCUGCUCCCAGCAAACCUGCAGAAGAAAAGCCCGCCCCUAAACCCGAGCCCAAAGAGACCCCUGCCCCAGCCAAGGAGGAGAAACCUGCUCCUCCUAAAUCAGAGAAGCCCCAGCCAGAGGAGAAACCUGUGCCUAAGGCAGAGCCUGAGAAAACAGAGAGCAAGAAAGAGGAGAAAGAGGAGAAAAAGGAGGAUAAGAAGGAAGCAGCUGACACUAAGGAGGUGAAGGAGGCAGGAAAGAUGGAGAAGGCAGAGAAAUCUUCUGGCACUGAGGCUAAGGAGAGCAAGGAGGAGGAGAAGACCAAGAAGUGAGACUACUGCGCUGUGUUCCAAGGCUUAAGGAGAAAAGGUGGAGGUCGAGAUGCCAAAGAACUGUGGG